CCACUUUCUCAAAACAACCCCUCUAUCUCACCAUGACUCACCACUUUCUCAAAACAACCCCUACUUUCUGAAAACAACCCCUCUUCUCACCAUGGCUCACCACUUUCUCAAAACAACCCCUCUUUUACCAUGGCUCACAACUUUCUCAAAGCAACCCCUUCUUUCUCACCAUGACUCACCACUUUCUCAAAACAACUCCUCUUUUUCACCAUGGCUCACCUCUUUCUCAAAACAACCCCCUAUUUUUGACCAUGGCUCACCACUUUCUCAAAACAACCCCACACUUUCUCAAAGCAACCCCCCUCUAUCUCACCAUGACUCACCACUUUCUCAAAACAACUCCCCACUUUCUCACCAUGGGUCACCACUUUCUCAAAACAACCCCCCUUUUUUUCACCAUGGCUCACCACUUUCUCAACACAACCCCCCACUGUUUCAAAAUGACCUACCUAUUUCUCAGAUUGAACAACCACUUUCUCAAAACGGCUCCUGUCUGUGUCAAAACAACAUGGGUUCUCAACAUGGCUUCCCACUUUCUCAGAAUAACUCCUCUCCUUCUCAAACCAGCUCCCCUGUUUCUCAAAACACCCCCCUCAAUGAGUCUGCAUUGAAAAUGAACACUCUGGACCCUGGUGAAAGUUGCAACAUCUCUGAAAUGGAUUUUCAUUUCCAAACCCCAAAAAGCAGAACAUCACAUCAUGGAAACAAUGACACUGAGCUAAACAAUGAGACUUCUGCACUUCCUGGAGUUUCUGCCACACGGGGUGAAGAUAUCACAAUCGGUUCAUCUUUGAAUUUAGUAAAAACACACACUGGAGGUUCCCCGAAUCAGCAGAGGGAAGUCCUCUCCUGUGGAUCUCUCCGUAAAACUCACUCACUGAAGGCGCUGGACGGAGGGUGUGUGCUGGAUGUGUGUGUAGUGCGAUGGCCGUCUGAGGAGGACUGGAGUGUGUGUGUGGCCGGAGAGUGGAGUGUGUGUGUUUGGAAGCAGAAUCCUGGAGACCAGGAGUGGAGUCUGCUGUACACCUGGACUUUCACACAAUCAGUGAUCUCUCUCCAGGGGAUUCCUGACUCUUCGGCUCUGCUGUGUGUGUGUUUAGGGAGGCUGGAGAUCACAGAGGCAAGGACACUGUACCUCCCCGGGACUGACAGCGGGUUUUCUCAGGCUGAGCUGUGUAAAGGAGCUCUGCAGGCCGUGCUUGCUGUCUCAGACCGCAGGGUGACGUGUUGCUCCUCUCCUGGACCUCAGCAGAACAUCCAGGUGUUUACACUCGCUCAGGAUGGCAGAAUCACAGAAACGCUCUCCCUGACCUCCACGCAUCAAACCGUUCAGACCCUGGUGGUGGUGGAGGAGGAAAAAGACGCUCUGAUCGGCUGGACGGAGCACAAGAGUCUCCUCAUAUGGAACAUGAAAUCAGCCCAGCUGCUCCAGACCAUUCACCUAGCUGAGACCGUUUCCACGGCAACCUGUCUGAGAGGAUACUCCUACAGGGGUGCUCUGUGUGUGCUGCUGCAGCAGGCGAGUGCGUGUCAUGAGGAAUCCAGUCCCACGCUUUUCACUCUGAUCGCCACAAAUCCGCUUACAGGAAAACGUUUCACUCUGCGCACCAUCACCUCUCCAUCAGCUUCUACAGAGAGGCUGAUAGACGGAGAUGUGUGUGAAUCUGCACUCGUAGGUGUUUUCCAGUCUGGUCUGGCUGUUUGGAGCCUUGCAGGGGGCGUGGCCUGUGUCUACGCAAACGAGUCUUCCGAAGUGUGCCGCCUGGCGCGGUGGGCGGGGCCGAACACGCUCCUCACCGGAUACCUGAACGGGGACGUUAGUGUGUAUGAGUUCACACCCACAGGGAGCAGGGCGAGGUUACAGCACUGUUAAUGUGAGACCACAACGUGACUCACGUUCGCUACAUAACGCUUAUAACCCGAGAUCAGAUUCUCUUCAUUUACAUCAAAUUUACAUUUCUGUUCAUUUUAUACGUUUUUUAUUCCGAUUUAUUUACUAAAUAAAAUAGAACUUUUA